UCAGACGCCACUCCGUCCCAGUCUCGCCGCCCGCCCCGUCCAGCUCAGGGAAGUGCCCCGAAAGCGACGGCGAUGGCGCCCCACUUCUCCCUCCUGCCGCCUCUGCUGCUCGCCCUCCUGCCGCUGGCUCGGGCCCAGGACCCCCCCGCCGGAAACACCACCAGACCCAUCUUCCUCUGCGGGGGCGACCAUACUGGGGACAACGGCUACAUCGCCAGCGAGGGCUUUCCCAGCCACUACCCUCCCAGCAAGACCUGCACCUGGACCAUCACGGUGCCAGAAGGGCAGGUGGUGAUGCUCUCCUUCCGGGUCUUUGACAUGGAGCCAGACCCCGUCUGCCGCUAUGACUACCUGGACGUCUACAGCGGACACGCGGCCGUGGAGGGGCAGCGCCUGGGCCGCUUCUGCGGCACUUUCCGCCCCGGAGCCGUCCUCUCCACCAGCAACCGGAUGCUGCUGCGGAUGGUGUCCGACGAGGGCACCGGAGGGAGGGGCUUCCUGGUGUGGUUCAGCGGGGGGCUCCCUCACGUCGACGAGCACCAGUUCUGUGGGGGGAAGAUGGAGAAACCCCAGGGGACCCUCAAGACCCCCAACUGGCCUGAGAGCGACUACCCGCCCGGCAUCAGCUGCUCUUGGCAUAUCAUUGCCCCAAAGGACAAGGUGAUUGUGUUGACCUUUGGGAAGUUUGACGUGGAGCCUGACACCUACUGUCGCUACGACUACGUGGCGGUUUUCAACGGCGGAGACCGAGACGACUCCAGGCGCAUUGGCAAGUUUUGCGGGGACGAAUCGCCCAGCACCGUCUCCUCAAAUGGCAAUGAACUGCUGGUCCAGUUCGUCUCGGAUCUCAGCGUCACGGCCGACGGCUUCUCGGCCUCCUACGUCUUCAAGAACCCCGACGAGCCGGUGGACAAAGGUGUCUCCCAGCCCACGGGACGUGUCUUCCCAGGCUCCAAGCCAGCCCAGCCAGGCAGGAAACCAGCGGCCCCCAAGCCCAAGCCGGCACCGCGCCCCAGACCGACCCCCAAGCCCCGCCCCAGCCCCACACGGCCCACAGCACCACCUGCUACAGGUGAGAUCACCUGCCCAGACAAGUGCCGCCGGACAGGAACGCUCCAGAGCAAUUUCUGCGCCAGCGAUUUUGUGAUCUCAGGGACGGUGAAGACAGCCGUUCGAGGAGCAGGGAACAAGGUCACCGUCACCGUCGCCCUCGCCAAUACAUACAAGGCAGGAGCCCUGAGCCUCCCCGCCGAGGGCAGCGGAGCCACUCUUCGCCUCGAGGCCCCCUGCCGGCAGUGCCCCAUCCUCAAGAAAGGUGCCACCUACGUCUUCAUGGGCAAAGUCGGCCCAGAUGGGAGCGGGCAGCUUCCCCCCACCAGCUUUGUGGUGCCCUUCCGCCAGCCGCAGCACAAGAUCCUCACCAACCUCGCCAAGCGCCCCUGCACCGCCCCGCCAGCCGCCAGGAACAGGACCUGAGCCUGCCCUGCCCACAUCUCCCUUACGGACAGAGCCACCCCAGGGGUGCCCAGUGGCCCCCACCUCCAUAUAGCCAAUGAACGGGGGAGGGGGGAUGUACCCGCACACUGCCCUGCGCUUGGGUUUGGGGAGGUCCGAGUGUUAAACACAAGUCUCUCUUAAAUGUAUUUUUACAUA